AUGUCUAUUCUUGAGCCCAUCAUUAGAGACAACCACAUCUUACCCCCAGAUGACGAUGAUUGGGACUCCGUCCUCCACAUUGAGUGGGAAAGCGAUGCGAAUUUCUUCACUGGCGCUGAGCUAAGACCCAGAACACCAUUGUGCAAAGCAACAGCCGAUCGACAAAUCACUUUGGCCCGCGCUGCAGCUCUUAUCAUUCGAACGGCACUUAGGAAUAUCCCUGUGGAUAUCCCGGACUUUGACCCUUCCAGAUUGCUUGGCUUCCGUAGGCAGUUAUAUCAAUGGAUGAGCGCGUACAACUCUUCGCCGGCUAGUAAACUCGCGCUGGGCGAUGUUACCAUGACUGCUAUGCUUGACAUCUUCUCCUCCCUUACACAGAUGGGCAUCGAGGGUGAGAUUCUUGCAAAGAUUGGUCCACAUAUCGGAGACAUUCUCCAAGGUAUUGUUGAUCCGAUGGUUCUGUUGUGUGAAGAUGGUAGAAUACAUCGGAUGCAAGAUGGUAUGGAGCUAGCGCAGAAGGUGAGGGCGCACCUUCGAGCAUACGUGUCUUCGUAUGCGAGCAAGAAGCCUGUUAUGAACGUCCUCGAAGUGGGAGCUAGUACAAGUAACAACACCGAGGCCGUUUUUGGAGUCUUUGAUCAGAAGAAUGUGUCGUAUACCAUCACCGACUCAUCACUCCCUGUGUUGGAACAGGUCAAGUCUUUCAACAACAAUGAUCGCCUGAAGCUCAAGGCUUUUGAUGUCAAUCGCGAUCCUGUGCAUCAAGGCUUCAGUCCUGGAUCUUUCGACGUGGUGCUCGUUAACAACAUCCUUCAUACAGCAAACUCACUGGAAGAAACUUUGGCAAAUCUUCGAAAGCUCCUUGUUCCUGGUGGUGUAAUAGCUCUUGUUGGAUUAUCGGAUCUUUCUCCUGCGUACAAUCUUAUCUUUGGCAUGAAUGAGAACAUGUGGGCAGAUGAACGAUUUGAACAACUGCCGUACCCUGCGUCAAGCGAAUGGAACAGGAUGUUCCAGAAUAAUGGCUUUAGCAGCCUUGAACCAGCGACAAAGACAUUUGACUACGUCGGACAAUCAAGUUACUGCGUCAUCGCCACAGCCGUAACGUCCACGCAGAAUCCCAUGGUCAAUAUUCUUCCUGACGUCCAAGGCAAAUUCAUGAACUUCGCAGAUCAACUUUCAACAUCUUUCGCAGACAUUGGCACAGCCUCCACCAUUUCACCCACUCUCGACGGUGUCUCCUCAAGAUUUAUCUACAUUGUUCUCGACAACGGCUCUAGUCCUCUAACCAAAUACGAAAAACUCACCAAAGCGAACAAUGUUCUUUGGAUCGGCAUGAAGACCGAUGGCAUGGAACAACGCGAUAUGCACGUCGUAACGCGCUUUGCAAAAGGUGCUUGCAGGAGUAAUGAGGGGCUUAGACUUGUAACACUUAAUGUCAAGCAAGGUUGCUUGGAGUACUCUGAUAUUCUUAAGGUGAUUACCAAAAUUGUUCAGGUGUCGUUUCAGGAAGAUCGGGGAACGAGGACAGAGGUUGAGUAUGAGUAUCGGAAUGGAAAGGUCCUUGUGCCGAGGGUGACGAGCUCAGGCAUGACGAAUAAGCUGGGGUAA